GAGUUGACAUGCUAAUUCGAGUUCUAGUCUUUCCGAAUCCCGACAACCAUUCAUUUGACCAACUGUUUGUCUGCUGCGACACUGAUCGCUCCCAAAUUGAUGCGCUACCUAUGAGCGACAUCGACCUGGCUCAGAUGAGAAUUUCCAUGAUCUCUAAACACGUGUAAGAAGGUACUAAUCAGAGCAGCUCGCUUGUUUGCUUCGAGAUAAGGACACUUGUGUCAUCACAAAAUCUGCCGACCCCCAAAUCUGCCUGGUUCUUCAAUUCCCCGACGAGGUUGAUGAGGCUUGGCUGAAAACCAUGUACCAGUAUAUGCAAGCCUUGCUCAUGUUUGACGUGCCCUAUUUCACGGGCGAUUCGUUCUCCUUGGCGAACCUCAUCUCACUCAACGAUACUCUGUCGAAAUGGUGGGCGAAGGCCUGGAUCGCCCUAGAACCUAUUUCACAAUCCGAUGUCUCAAUUCGGCUUCGGUUGAGAUGGCUCAGAAUGCCCAUGUUCGAUGAGGAGAAAGGUCAUACAGCGGGAAAGGCUCAUGAGGGUGAGGGCGGAGCGAUGUGCCCCAGAACCGUAUAUCUCGACGCAGACCCACGUCUGAUCUCCGAGGAAAGACGCACCCAGUCUGGCAAACCAUUUCGCAUGGUCCACUUUGAGACAUGCGAGUACAUUGAGGACGGCUAUGAAUUCGACAUAACGGCAGAGAAGAAGGAAGAUCUUCCAGACUUUGGAUCGCUUUUAUUCCGGUACAGACUUUCACUACUUAUAUCCCUGAGCGGCGAGGGACUGUAUUAGUGGAAGUGAAGGAGAAUGUUGUAUCAAAACUUUGUUUCAGGUCGGGAACAUGCAGAGAAGAAGUACAUGAUAUCAGAGAUGGACGUAAUGAAGGUGAACAAUGCCGCUGAGGUUUGCAACAGGGACACUCGCCUGUAUAGGCAAUCGGACAGAGUGCGAUUUGCUACUUCUCAUGGCAACAACAUUCACAUAUACUACUCAAAGCAACGAGGUAGUGAUAAUUUACUACUUGAG